AAAGUGAAGAAAUAAAUUAUUAAAAUUUAUAUAUAAAGAAAUUCUUCAUAAAAAAUUUAUAUUUAAUUUUAAAAUAUAACUCUAAUUCACUUUAAGUUUCUUAUCCCAGACCCACCGCUUCCAGUUUCAGACAGCAUAUCCUAUGGAUUCCUCAGACACAGAUGUUGUCAACCUCGGAAAAUCCAUCAUUGUACCUAGUGUUCAAGAGUUGGCCAAGCAACCAAUCACCAAAAUCCCACCAAGAUAUAUCCGACCGGAGCAGAGCCCACCGCCUGUCACCGGUGACUUACCAUCUCCUCCCGUUCCAUCAGUUCCGGUCAUCGAUCUUCACAAGCUGGUUAACCCAGAUUCAGUAAGCUCUGAACUAGACUCCCUCCACUCUGCUUGCAAGGAAUGGGGGUUUUUCCAGGUAAUAAACCACGGAAUUAGCGCUUCACUAUUGGAGGAAUUCAAGUUGGAGACUGAGAAUUUCUUCAAUCUUUCUUAUGAAGAGAAGAAGGAGAAGUUUUGGCAGCAGCCAGACAACCAUGAAGGGUUCGGACAGUUGUUUGUGGUGUCCGAAGAGCAGAAGCUAGAUUGGUCUGACAUGUUCUAUAUAACUACUCUUCCACACAAUCUUAGGAGGGUUGAUCUCUUUGACAAACUCCCUAAAAAACUCAGAGAAACACUGGAAGCAUACUCCAUGGAAAUGAAAAAUCUGGCUCUUUUGAUACUAGAUCAGAUGGGAAGAGCUUUAAGGAUGGAUGCCGAGGAAAUAAGAGUGUUGUUCACCGAUGGGGUUCAGUCAAUGAGAAUGAACUACUAUCCUCCAUGCCCUGAACCUGAAAUGGCCAUCGGUUUCACACCUCAUUCAGAUGCAGUGGCCUUGACAAUUCUCUUCCAGCUUAACCAAACAGAAGGCCUGCAAAUCCGAAAGGACGGAAGAUGGGUUCCAAUUAAGCCGCUACCAAAUGCUUUUGUAGUCAACAUUGGAGACAUACUGGAGAUUGUGAGCAAUGGGUUAUAUCGUAGCAUUGAGCAUCGAGCAAUAGUAAACUCAACCAGGGAUAGGCUAUCUGUUGCAACAUUCUAUAGCUCAAAGCUAGACUCGGAAUUAGGUCCUGCACCAAGCAUUAUUGGCCCUAAUCACCCAGCACUAUUCCGGCGAGUUCCUAUGGAGAAGUACUUCAAGGAAUUUUUUGCUAGGAAACUAAAUGGCAAGUCUUACCUUGAUUUCAUGAGAAUGCAAGGUGGGGAGUAAAUGUGUACUUAAACCAGAGUUCAAAAAGGUUACAUGGUGCAAUACUUCAUCAAUUAUGAAAGAACUUGCAUUCAUGGGGUUAGCAAAGUAUUUGUAGUACCAAAAUAUCUUUACUUCGUUGUAAGCAUUCGUUAAGUUCCUGUUGCCCCAAAUCUGCAAAACCGAUUGUUAGAGCUAUGGUAUAACAUAGUACCCUAGUGGGUAGUGGCUAAAAUAUGAUCCUAGAUACAACAUAUGUUGCUGAUUGCCUUUUUCAGUU